UGCAGCAGAGCAAGAUCAGAUAGCAGAUCUACCAAGAAAGUGUGAGACUGUCGACUGCACAUGACUCUAAAAUAAGCUUUGAGGAAUUGAUUUUUGAUUGGAUUGGACCCUGUGGGCCACGUGAGUCCAACACACAUUUAAUUUGGCAUAGCUUGAUCAAGUCACGGUGCUAUUUUGAGGGUCAAAUCUAUGACUUACAGCUUUACUCAAGUGAUUUUCUGACUCCUUUUGUUUCUGACCAACUGGAUAUCAAUCGAGCUCUAACUCUGGAGGAUUUUAUUGUAAUGCUUCCUUUUCUGAGAGGGAAAAGAGGCGUUAAAACUCAGAGGCAAAGACAUGAUGGUACACUGUGGACGUUUACUUCUCUGUCUCAGGAGUAAAGAGUGGUUCGACCCAUAGCAGAAGAGAAAAAUUAAAGGACGCCUGAGGAGAAAUAUGAAGCAGUUUGGUUUAAAAGCUUGAAGAUAUAGAAGGAAACAAAAGUGGAAAAUCAACAUUUACUGGGAACCCUGCAUACAAGAACACUUUUUCUACACCUCACUUCUCUGUUAAAGUCGACCGUGGGUUUGUUUUGGACGACACUGUAAGCCUUCCUAUGAGCCUGGUCAGAUUCAUAUGAGCCGGGCUGUUUGAAGCCGCUUGGCUUGCCCCACCGAGGCAUGAGUGUGGGACGGGCCCACCACCACCACAGCUUCCUGUCCUGUGAAGAAGAAGGCCUAAGACUCAGCACCAUGCCAGCCGUGGGCAGCUUCGGCAAUGGAAAGAUUCACACCAGGCGUAAAUACCGCAGCAGGUUUGUCAACAAAACCGGUCAAUGCAACAUCCAUUUCUCCAACAUGGACGAGAAGUCCCAGCGGUACAUCUCGGACAUUUUCACCACAUGUGUGGACAUCCGCUGGAGGUACAUGUUCCUGAUGUUCAGCCUGGCGUUCGUGGUGUCCUGGCUUACCUUUGGCUUGGCGUUCUGGGUGAUUGGGCUCCUACACGGGGACAUGGACCGUCCAACAGAUGAUGAAAGUUUUGUUCCAUGUGUCACACAGGUCAGAACCUUUGUGGCUGCUUUCCUGUUCUCCAUUGAGACCCAGACCACCAUCGGGUACGGUGCUCGCUGUGUUACAGAGGAAUGCCCAGCUGCUGUCUUCAUGGUGGUCUUUCAGUCCAUCAUGGGCUGCAUCAUUGAUGCCUUCAUGAUCGGUGCAAUCAUGGCAAAGAUGGCGAGGCCCAAAAAGCGAGCAGAGACUCUUCUGUUCAGUCACAACGCAGUCAUCGCUUUACGUGACGGGAAACUGUGCCUCAUGUUCAGGGUUGCUAAUUUGAGGAAGAGCCACAUUGUUGAAGCUCAUGUGCGAGCUCAGUUGGUCAAACCUCGUUUCACGGAGGAAGGGGAGUACAUCCCGCUGGAUCAAAUCGACAUGAACGUCGGCUACGAUAAAGGGACAGACCGCCUGUUUCUUGUAGCCCCUCUCACCGUAAUACAUGAGAUCGAUGAAGAAAGCCCGCUGUUCGGCAUCAGUAAACAAGACCUGGAGACAUCAGACUUUGAAAUAGUGAUCAUACUUGAAGGCUUGGUGGAAGCCACAGCAAUGACGACACAGGCACGCAGCUCGUAUUUGGCCUCAGAGAUCUUGUGGGGUCACCGCUUUGAGCCCAUCAUCUUUGAGGAGAAGAGCCAGUACAGGAUAGACUACGCCUACUUCCACAAAACAUUCGAGGUUCCAUCCACCCCCAGAUGCAGCGCCAAGGACAUGGAGGAGAGAAAAUUCCCAACAUCCGGCGCCAACUCCUUCUGCUACGAGAAUGAGCUGGCCUUCAUUAGCAGGGAUGAGGAGGAUGAGGAAGAUACGGACAAAGACAGGAAGUGCUCGUCUGACUCAUCAAAUGAGCAGGCGACUCCCAGACGGGAUCAAACAUCCAACCCUAAAGAAUCAGAGAUUUAACUUUUGGCUCUUGUUUGUUUUUUCGAUGCGGUAAAGCAUUAUGGGAAGACUCCUAUGACUGUCAUUCUUUUGGCAUGAGGAACAAACCAAAGACAUUUCUGCUGCAGGUGGAGACACUGGAAAUGAUUUCCAUCACACAAACAUGGUUUAAACUUGAACGUUUCUCAUCAGAUUCACCUUUUUGUUUUCAUGAGGACGUAACAGAGCUUUUCCAAAUCCAAACAGAACUGCAUUGUUUCAAUCUGCAGAGGAUCAUAGUCAAAAAGUGCAUGGAAGUAGUCUAGUUUUGUAUGAACAUUUUGGGAAAAUCUUCAUAGUGAGAAUAUCUGUAGAUGCUAACAGUCCUCUUAUAUUGAGCACUAAACUUGAGCAUGGAGAGAUGUAAAAGUGAGAAAAGUAAACCUUAGGGAUAUUUCUCCAUGUUUAGAUGGAAAAACAGGGAUGUACAUCAGCUCUGGAAUAUAAUUUCAAUGAUUUGUGUCGGUCAUAGGACUCUUAAAUAUCAUAUAUUGUACAAUGAAAGUGGAGGACUUGGUUAGCUGUCUUCACACAUUGACGUAUGGGCUGCAUGUGCUUAUGGGAGAUAAACAGGACAAGGUAGAGUUUAAAACAGGGAAAGAGACUUAAUGAUGAAUUAUAAAUCAUUAGCCCUUUAUCAGGAAAAAAAUAUUCAUUUCUGUCUUUAAAUUUAGCCAGUAGGAAACACCUGACAGAUUGUCAGUUGUGACUCUUUCUCAGCAUUGCAUAAAAAAUGUUUAACUCAUGAGCAUUUGAUAAGUCCUGCUCCUUCCCACUUUGGCUAGCCUCACAAAAGACUGCUGAAAAACAUGAGAAACCUCGUUUUGCCAUUAAGUGAAUUAAUGUUAAAGCUCUGCCAACUUCUAGUAGAAAGUUUGAGAAUAAUUAUCAGCAGUGUUGAUGGAUAUAAAACCGAAACAAACCCUUAAAACCAACUAUUAGUCAUAAAGUCAAAAGACUUAGCCUUCCUAUACACAGCUGAUAUUUAAGCCAGUAUCCAUCCAUCCAUUUUCUAUAUCACUUAUCCCAUUGGGGGUUGCAGGAGGUCUGGAGCCUAUCCCAGCGAUCAUUGGGCGAGAGGCGUGGUACACCCUGGACUAGUCUCCAGUCAA